UUUUCCUUUCAUUCUCUUGACAGAAUGUCAAUUAUUUUUCAUCGACGGCUACUUCAAAAUAAAUUGAUUUGCGCCUUAACGAGACGUUCAAUGAGCUUUGAUUUGUCUGAUCAGCAACGAGAAAUACAGCAAAAUGCGUUGAAAUUUGCUAAAGAAGUUGUUCUACCAAAAGCAGCGGAACAUGAUAAAACAAUGGAAUUUCCUUGGGAGAUUAUUAAACAAGCACAUUCUCUUGGUCUAAUGAAUACAAUGAUUCCAGAGAAAUACGGUGGCCCUGGUUGUGGAAAUUUGGAAACAGCAUUGAUUAUAGAAGCAUUAGCUUAUGGGUGUUCUGCAAUUCAAUUGGCAAUAAUGGGUCCAUCAUUGGCAUUAGCUCCUCUUUUGUUGGCUGGGACUGAGGAACAAAAGAAAAAAUAUGCUGGAAUGUUGGCCGAAGAACCUUUGAUUGCGUCUUAUUGCGUCACAGAACCCGGUGCCGGUUCAGACGUUAGCGGUGUUAAAACAACUUGUGACAAUUGGGUAAUUAAUGGUUCAAAGGCCUGGAUUACCGGUGGAGGGUAUGCAAAAUGGUUUUUUGUUUUGGCUCGAAGUGAUCCUGAUCCAAAGGCGCCAGCAGGAAAGGCUUUUACGGCAUUUAUUGUUGAUGGGGAUUCCAAAGGAAUUUCUCGUGGAAAGAAGGAAUUGAAUGUUGGCCAGCGUUGUUCUGACACUAGAACUAUAACUUUUGAAGAUGUUCAAGUUCCAAAAGAAAAUGUUUUGGGGGCGCCAGGUGGUGGAUUUAAAGUGGCAAUGGGAGCUUUUGAUACAACGCGUCCUGGUGUUGCUGCAGGAGCUGUUGGUUUAGCUUGGCGUGCAUUGGAUGAAGCAUCCAAAUAUGCGUUGGAAAGAAAAACGUUUUCUGUACCAAUUUCUAAUCACCAAGGCGUUAGUUUUAUGCUUGCUGAUAUGGCAAUUAAUUUGGAAAUGGCUAGACUUGUUACUUAUCGAAGCGCCUUAGACGUUGACAACGGUGUCCGUUCAUCAUAUUAUGCUUCAAUAGCCAAAUGUUUUGCUGCUGAUACAGCUAUGCAAGGAGCAAUAAAUGCUGUACAGAUAUUUGGAGGGAAUGGCUACAAUACAGAAUAUCCUGUAGAAAAAUUAAUGAGAGAUGCAAAAAUAUAUCAAAUAUAUGAAGGAACGUCACAAAUACAGAGACUUGUAGUUUCUCGUGAAUUGCUUCAACGUGUUGCUCAAACAGGAAGUGCUUCAAUUUGA